UUCCAAAUAAAACAGCUGUGCUUUGUGUGCGUCAGCGUCCUUCUUGCAUGCUGCUGGUACAAGUAUGUCUGGUCCUACCACGAGGAUGAUGCAGGUUGCAGCGCUUACUUUUUGUUUGUGUUUAGUGAAUGGAAUCUCGAGCCCGAAGACCAUCCCGGACACCUCGAUAACUGGUGUUAGUUUCGAGGACCAUUUGAAUGGAGGUCAUGCGACUCUAAACGAAAUGUUCCGAGAGGUGGAGAUGUUGAUGGAGGACACGCAGCACGUACUGGAGGAGGCUGUGGAUCAGAUGGUCAAUGAGAGUGCCAAAUCAUUGCUUAAUAUACUGGAUUUGCUUCCAAACUACCACAAUGAGACCAGUACAUAUAGGGACAACAGGAACCACACUGUUUACAUAGCGGAGAGGAUUGACAAGGAAAUGGACAACAGAACAGGGGGGACUCACUUCCAGACCCAUAUCGAGAUCAAUGGCCAAUGGAACGAAGUUGAUCAUGAAUGUAUGCUUGAUGAAGAUUGUGGUAAGAACAGUUACUGCCUAUAUGAGAUAGUAAGCUCCAAGUGCCUCCCCUGCAAAGAUGUUGAUAUGACCUGCACAAAGGAUGAAGAGUGUUGUUCAGACCAGACCUGUGUGUGGGGACAGUGCACUAAGAAUGCCACCAAGGGCAAUGCAGGCAGCAUCUGUCAGUACCAGAGUGACUGUAAGCCAAAACACUGCUGUGCCGUUCUCAAAGAGCUGCUCUUCCCAGUGUGCCAGCCCAGGCCGGAUAAGGGUGAAGCGUGCAACAGCCACCCUAACUUGCUGAUGGACAUGUUGUCCUGGGACGUGGAGGGUCCGAGGGAAUACUGCCUCUGUGCUGGCGGGCUCCACUGCCAACCCCAUGGACGCGGAUCCCUGUGUGUGAACUAGGUGACCACCAGAUACAGUGAAGAGGGACAAAUGCCUCAAGAUGAGACAUGGUUGUGUGUCUUCUGAAAACUUCUGACUGGGCUCUAGUAUCGGUCUGUCAUUGUGUUAGACAAUGGCCUAACCAGAUGAAAAUGGGGCCGACAGAUGUGUUCUCAACCACAUCAACUAACUAAGGAAAGCACUCAUGAUGUAAUUGGAAUAAAUAAAAUGUUUUCUUGUA